AUGACGACGCUUGUCACCGACUUACGACACGACUCUACACGAGUGCACGAAGGCCCGACACGACUCUACACGAGUGCACGAAGGCCCGACACGACUCUACACGAGUGCACGAAGGCCCGACACGACUCUACACGAGUGCACGAAGGCCCGACACGACUCUACACGAGUGCACGAAGGCCCGACACCGACUCUACACGAGUGCACGAAGGCCCGACACGACUCUACACGAGUGCACGAAGGCCCGACACGACUCUACACGAGUGCACGAAGGCCCGACACGACUCUACACGAGUGCACGAAGCUGCACGAAGCCAAGAGAGGCUGGAGCUGAGUCAAGAAAAGGCUAAUGCUGUUAGCUGUAUGAAUGGUUCAGCUAAUAAUGGCUCUAUGAAUGGUUCAGCUAAUAAUGGCUGUAUGAAUCGUUCAGCUAAUAAUGGCUGCAUGAAUGGUUCAGCUAAUAAUGGCUCUAUGAAUGGUUCAGCUAAUAAUGGCUCUAUGAAUGGUUCAGCUAAUAAUGGCUGUAUGAAUCGUUCAGCUAAUAAUGGCUGCAUGAAUGGUUCAGCUAAUAAUGGCUCUAUGAAUGGUUCAGCUAAUAAUGGCUGUAUGAAUGGUUCAGCUAAUAAUGGCUGCAUGAAUGGUUCAGCUAAUAAUGGCUGUAUGAAUGGUUCAGCUAAUAAUGGCUGUAUGAAUGGUUCAGCUAAUAAUGGCUGUAUGAAUGGUUCAGCUAAUAAUGGCUGUAUAAAUGGUUCAGCUAAUAAUGGCUGUAUGAAUGGUUCAGCUAAUAAUGGCUGUAUGAAUGGUUCAGCUAAUAAUGGCUGUAUGAAUGGUUCAGCUAAUAAUGGCUGCAUGAAUGGUUCAGCUAAUAAUGGCUGUAUGAAUGGUUCAGCUAAUAAUGGCUCUAUGAAUGGUUCAGCUAAUAAUGGCUGUAUAAAUGGUUCAGCUAAUAAUGGCUGCAUGAAUGGUUCAGCUAAUAAUGGCUGUAUGAAUGGUUCAGCUAAUAAUGGCUGUAUGAAUGGUUCAGCUAAUAAUGGCUCUAUGAAUGGUUCAGCUAAUAAUGGCUCUAUGAAUGGUUCAGCUAAUAAUGGCUGCAUGAAUGGUUCAGCUAAUAAAGGCUGCAUGAAUGGUUCAGCUAAUAAUGGCUGCAUGAAUGGUUCAGCUAAUAAUGGCUGCAUGAAUGGUUCAGCUAAUAAUGGGUGUAUGAAUGGUUCAGCUAAUAAUGGCUGCAUGAAUGGUUCAGCUAAUAAUGGCUGUAUGAAUCGUUCAGCUAAUAAUGGCUGCAUGAAUGGUUCAGCUAAUAAUGGCUCUAUGAAUGGUUCAGCUAAUAAUGGCUGUAUGAAUGGUUCAGCUAAUAAUGGCUGUAUGAAUGGUUCAGCUAAUAAUGGCUGUAUGAAUGGUUCAGCUAAUAAUGGCUGCAUGAAUGGUUCAGCUAAUAAUGGCUAUGAAUGGUUCAGCUAA